GUUGAGAAGUUCGUUUACUCCUCUUCGGUCAUAAAAUAACCGUUGCGAUAAAAAUCAAGGGCUUCAAUAUUAAAAUAUUAUUUAAAUUUAAAACUAUCUUUCUUAAAUUAUCAUUUUAUUUUUAUUUAAGUUUAUAUUUUCAAAUGUGUUCGAAUCGAAAUGUAUAAAAUUAUGAUGGUGACUCAUAUAGCAGCCUAGAAAAUAUUUUCCGCUCAUUUGUUGACAUUAGCCCACCGGCGAUGAACGGUCUCUGUCAGAUCGACAGAGUUUCAAAAUGAUUACUUGAUUAAUUAAAAUUCGUGAUCAUAAUUCAUUUAAAAACAUUCUUAUUUAUUCCAUCUUUAGUUGUAAAUAUCUUAUUACCAGAAUAAAUGCCAAGAGAGAGGAGAACUGCUGCAAAAUUCAAAGGGGACCCUGAUGGACCUGGAGAUCUAAAAAAUUCGGGUCAACCAGAGAGUCCGUCGUCGAAAAAAAGAAGAACUGGCACUACCAAUCAGGCAAGCCCAGCAUUGCCAGAUCUUGUACCUCCUCAGCCCUUAACUGGAUUUGGAGAGACCAUUGUAGCAAGUAAUCCCUUCGAUGAUACAAUUCCUGCUACUACUACUACAGUUCCAAACAUGCCAGCACCAGGCCUUACCCAUAUGUCUGGUCCGCCAAUGCAUGCAAAGCCGGUGCCAAUGUCAUCUGGAAAAGUAUAUCCACCAGAUCAACCUAUGGUAUUUAAUCCUCAGAAUCCAAAUGCUCCUCCAAUAUACCCAUGUGGUAUCUGCCACAAGGAGGUACACGACAAUGAUCAAGCAGUUCUCUGUGAAAGUGGCUGCAAUUUCUGGUUUCACCGUGUUUGUACAGGACUAACUGAGCCAGCUUUUCAUCUUUUGAGUGCUGAAGUAUAUGCAGAGUGGGUCUGUGACAAGUGCCUUUCUUCAAAAAAUAUCCCUCUUGUUAAGUUUAAACCUUGACUCUAUGUGUGCCUUAUCUGCUCAUGAGUUUUUAUAAUCAAAGGUAUAUAUAUAUAUAUAUAUAUAUAUAUAUAUAUAUAUAGAUAUAUAAAUCUAUCUUGCAAUAGAUUGUCCUUUUGUUAUGCAAAAUAAGAAAAAUAUUAGAUUAAUUAAUUAAAUAAAAAUAAGCAUAUUUAAAAGGAAUAAAGGCAUAUACAAGGUAUAUUUUACAACAAUUCUGCUUAAUAUGUUUUAUAUGUAUUUUAAAGCCAUAACAAAUGGAGAAUUUUCCGUGUUUUCUAUACCACUCUUAUGUUCACAUAUGUAUAAAAUUUAUUUUCUACUAAUUAAGAUGUGUCUCAUAUUAAGUGAAUAACUUAAUUCAGAGUUUUGUAUAUUAAUUUAUGCAUUUUUGUUGUAGCAUACAUUAUAAGUUCAUUUUUGUUACUGUCUGAAGUCUUUCAAAACUCAUAAUUCAACAUAUUUUAUCAGUUUAUUAAGUUUUUAAACAUAUUUAGGUGCUCAGUUUGAUUACUUGUAUACAUUACUGUUAUGAAUUGUCAUAGUUAACUUUUGAAAUUGGCUAGUGAAUUUUUACUUGUACACUACAAAAACUUGAAGUAUGUAAUGUUGUAAAUAUUUUUAUAUUUUCAGUAAUACUUAAUUGUUAUAUACAGUCAAACUCAGUUAUAAUGAGCACUGAUAGUAGAUAAACUAUGGAAUUUUCCUGUCUAAUCAUUGUUUAAGUGCAGAAUAGUGAUUAUAUAAGUUGUUAGUGUUUUUUUAAUUUACAUGUGUAAAAUUAUAAAUUAAAAGAAAGAAAAGAAGACAAAUCUAUUAUUAUAUAGUGGGCAUAGUAUUAGUUAGUCAUAUGGUAUUUCAAAUGAGUUUUUUUAAUUAAACUGAUGCAGUAAGCAUGUAUAAACUUAUUGGCACACACAUAUUUUUCUGUUAACCAUAGACGUUGGCUAGUAUCUGACCAAAUCUCUGCUGCUGAUUCCAGUGGAAGUUUGAAGGAAGAGAUGGUUGUUAGUUAGUUAGAUAAUAACAGAUUGCUGUUUAUUUAAUUAAAUUAACAAAUACAAGCUAUUAACGUAGCAUAUAAACAUUUAAAUAACUAUGAGCUCAAGCUUUGAGAUUUUCUGACAAAGAAGUUCAUUAAUACCAGCUCUAGUCUUUCCAGCAGUCAAAAAUUCUCCCUCAUGGAAUAUAAAAUAACUGCAAAACCGUCACUUUCUGUAUGAAGUUAAUACCAUAUAAAUUUACUUAAAAUACGAAAUCUAAGUGCUGUUGUGGCAUUCAUUCCUCAGUGGCUUUUAUUGCACCAUUUUGCUGAACUUUACAGUUAAAUACUUUGAGUAUGAGCAUCUGUAUAACCAUUCCUGCAACUUCACUACUUACUGUUCUGUAGAAAGUGGGCCUAAAAUGUUAGUCGUAUUUCCAAAAUGCAGGAGAAAAACAGAUAAAUAGCAGUUAAUUUGUAACUUCCUUGCCAAACCUAACUUGGCUUAUUGAAGAUCAGGGUUACAUGAAAGCAAAGCAAAGUUCUUAUGAAUGUGUUGGUAUGUCAUGUAUAUCCAUAUAAAUUGCACUGUUUAAUGCAAUUUGAUCGAUGGCGAAAUACACAAGUACCAAAUUAUUAAAUUAGUUUUGUUAUAAACUAUAUCAAAUAGACAUAUUAUUAAAAAUAAAAUAAACAUUAUUAUGAAGUAUAUAUGUUGUUUUUAAACUUUUGAAUUUAUUAUACUAAUAUACUGCUAAAAUAUUGAAAGAUAUCCCCUAUAGGAUUAGUAGCAACUCUGAGUUUUUUAGUCUUUGAAAUUCAUUAAUCAUUGGCAUGCAUUGUAAUCUAAUAUAAAGUAAAAUGUGUGAAGACUAUAGGUAUUGCUAACUUCACGAAGUAAAACUAUUUUGGCAUUUUGCUUAUUACAGUUGAGAUGUCAUUAUAGUUAUACUCAUUAUAACAGAAUUUGACUGUAAUUUUGCCAUUAAGUAUGAAACUGUUUCCACACGCUUUGUACAUGUUUCAUUUCAACAUAGAUUUUAAAGAAAAUGUUAAUAUCAAGCUUUAAAUAAACGUUUACUAUUUUACUAUUAUUGAAGUUUAAAAAGAGGAUAUCAGUAUAGUGCAAAUAUAUAUUUAUUAGAAACAAAAUAGCUUAAAAGCUUUCUGGUUUUCUGUAAUUCCUUGUAUUAAAACAAAUGGGGUAAGAUUGUUGCUUCUAUAAAAUUUUGACUGAUACAUAUGUGCUCACCUAUCUUUUAAUCAUAUAUUGCUGGGAGAAAUAAAAUAAGAUAAAAUUAAUACUUUACUCAGCAAAUGGUUAAUUUACUGAAUUAAAUAAAAUUCAUAAAUGCUUAUUAAUUUCACAUACCAUGUUAUUGUUUUGAAUGUGAAACCUGUGUACAUAAGUAUACUUAAUUAGCCAAUAUAAAUUAUUUGAGAUAAUUUUAUAUCAAUUCUUAGAAAGCAAUACAAACCGAAAUCAUUUUAUAUUAAUAAUAAAUAUGUAUCAAUAUGUGUAUAAAUUUAGUCUGUUUAAUUAGUACUUUCUGAUAAUCACAUCCCUGGUUUCAACAUUUGGUAGGCUUACUGUUUUUUGGCAUAUUUUUGAGUAUACAUGCCACAAUAACCAUCUAAGUAUGUACCACAGGGAAUGGGACUAUUCGCUGUCAAGACAUAUUUUACUUUACAUGACUGUAUUAUAUCUUGCCGUAUUAUAAAAACUCUGUUUAGUUUCAUAAUUUGAUUUAAUAAACAUUUUAUAUUAAAUAAUAUAUAAAAUGUUUUUGUGUAUAGUUUUACAAAUACACUGUUAGACAUGAGAUAUUAAUUUUAAGAGAGUAAGGUGCUGACAAGAUUUCAAAGUAACUCCGUUUUCCAUUCAGAUUUCAUAAAAAUGUGAAUUUCCUGCUUAUGAGUGAUUUCUGUGAACUAGCCAAUUAAUAUUUCAAGAAAUUUUGACGAAUCAUGUCAAUAUUGUACCGCAUAAUUUUUAAAUCGGUAAUAUAGCUUUUGUUAUAUCAGAAGAUUAGCCCCAGUUCUCUUUGAUACAGAUAUAAUUUUCCAACUAACUAUGUGUAAUUUCUGUAUAUCUCAUACUUGUAAAUAACUGUAUAUAUUAAAAGCAACCUUUAUUAAGUAUACAAAAGGUAAACAGAAUUAUUAAACUAAAUAAAUUUAAUAUGAGUAUAAUACAGUCGUGUAAAGAAAAAUAUGUAUUGACAGCAAAACAUCCCGACGGUGAAACGGCCGAGAUGAAAAGUCCUAGACCCUAUACCAUAUACAUGAUUGAGUACUCAUGGAUUUAUUUAUAUGUCACUUUGCUGAACAGAAUCCACUGGCAUUAAAAAUUUAAAUACCGGUCAUAUAGACUUCUGCAUUUUCUUAUAUAAAUUCAUGUUUCAUAUAAAAUUCUUCCUAUUAUUAUUUAUGAGCAGAACAAUAUUUGUGAGUCAAUAAAAAAAGCCAACAAAUAAUUUUCAUGAAUUCACAAAGUUGCUAGUAUGUUAGCAAGUUUUUAUGGAGAAGCAAAUAAUCACAAAGUAUCAUUUUGUUUGUUAGCUAAAGGACCUUACGAAUUUUCAGUAUUUGUACGGAAUAAUAUAUCAAGUGUUUUAAAACUGCUGAAAGAAGCAGUAUUUUCAGAUAUUUUUUUUUUUUUACAUCUGGUAGGGAAUAUCAAAUCAAAAGUUACAAUUUAUCUUUUUUUUUAGUUGUAAACCUUCAUUUGGAUAGUAUUUAUUAAGCUUCAUAUAUGUGUUUAUCAACAAAGGUAUCAAAAUUUUCAAUAAGCUAGGUUUUUAGAUUUUUUAUUGUUUAUUGAAUGUGUCAUAAAGAUCAGUGACUCAAUUUUCUGUUUAAAGUAAUAAUUAUUUUCCUUAAUAAGCAAUAAACUAAUAAAUGCUCAAAUUUUCAGAGACAUAUUUAAUAUAUUGUACAAAAAGUCAUUCUGUUUAUAAAUACUUAGUUUUUAGAUUUGAAUCUUUGUAUUCAGAAAUUUCACUCAUAACUAAACUGUAAACUUUAUGUUACUUAGUGUAUAAGGUGGAAUUUCAGAAAUCCUACAGUUAAUUUUUAUUUUUAAUUAAUUAAUAAAUCAAAUCAUAUCAGUAAAUAUGAUAAAAAUGAACACUUAAAAAACAUAUUAGGAUAGGGAAAAAUUUGCUUCAAAUAACAAAAAGAGGGGAAGAGCGAGGAAGUUAGUUUUAAUUGUUAUUGAAAAAACACAUACCAACUCAAUAUUUUAUAAAAAGAAAAAUAUGUUAAAUUAAAUUUGCAAGAAGUUCAGUGGUAUUUAAGUGUUACUAGGCCUAAAAUGUAAUGUUCCCUUCUUCUUUUAAUGUUUGCUAUGUGCAUAAUAUAUAUAAAGCAUAAGCUGCAAAUGAGUAUGUUGCAUUCAUUGCAAGUGUAUUUUUUUCUGUCUUUGGUUUUAGUGCAUGUUCCACGUCUUAUUUGUUAUUGAAGUAUCUAAUGAUUUCCCUCCUUAGGAACAAAGAUUUUUAUUAAUAUUAUUAUUAUUGAAGUAAGGGUCUUAUAGUACAGAGUUAAACAAUUGUUCAUCAGUUUACUGCCUAAGUUUUUCACAAAUUAAAGCCUAGUUUAAUUAAGAUUUUUAGGAUAUAUUGAAAAUGUAAUAUGAAUGUUCAACAAGUUAUAUUUAAUAAAUAUUAAAAGAUAACAGCAUAGUCAACAUCUUGUUCAUAGGCUUCUGCUGUAUAUCGUGCAUUUUUCUUCAAAGGCAUCCAUGCUAAAUUUUGCUUAUUUUUAAAAUGGUACUAUUUUCUGAUUUUCCAGAAAGUUAAUCUGUGUAUGCUGUAGGAACAAGAUAAACAAACAUGUUUUUCUUCAACGUAUAUAGCAGCAGUCUGUGGUCUGCUCAUAGAGGCAGAAACUGAUUUUCUUUUAUUUGGUGGGAAAAAAAAUUGAGUCGUGCAAUUUAUUCUGCAUAAAAGUCCCUACAAGUCCCUUCAAGUCUCUCUUUUUAAUCCCAAGGCUAAUUUUACCAAGGUAAACUGGUUUUCCACUGUUAUAUUGCAGUAAGUUCUAACAAUGGGUAAAGCUAGUCUUACAACAGAUUGAGUCAGCAUUUUAAUUUUUUUUUCAACUUCAGUAAUACUUUAAUAUCACUUUUAUUUCAUGUAUAUAUGGUUGCAUGUUCAGAAGAUAGUAUGUCCUGUCAGAGCAACUAUUUUUUUAUUGUACUUACAAAUUUCAUUAGAUAUGAACAUUCAAGAUUGAAGUGGCAUUCGCUGCCUAUUAAUAUCUUCUUUGCAUAAACAUCUUCCUCAGCAAAGUAACAGGCAACUUAUGUCAAAGAAUUUUUUAUGUUGUUGUCAGCACAAAGAAAUCAUGAAGUGACUACAGGAUGGUUGGUUUAAACAGGUAACACUGGAAUUUGAGCCAGCCAUUAUAUUGCUAUACGAAGGCUUCACAAAGUUUGUUCAAGAAAAUCAUGGUUUAUAUCUAUGAUCUGAUACUUUAUCUUUCAAAGAGGCCCAAUUAAGGCACUGUCAGCAUGACAUCGAAUGGAGCCAAAACAAAUGACACCAUUUACUGUUUAUUGAGUGCAGAUGUAACCAUGAUUUUAUGUGCAUAAUUUUGGACGUGUUUUGAUCUGUAGGGAAAGAGAAACACUCAGGUUAUCUUCCCUUGCUCAUAAAAUAUCCUAUUUUAGAUGUACUUUUCAUAGUUUGAGGGGGAAACUUCAAAAGUGGCCGUAUCGAGUUGCAUGUCUUUCAAAAAGAUUCUGUAACUGGUCACAUAUAAGUGAAUAAAGUCUUAGAAUCAAUGCUGUUUACGGGUACUGUUGGCUCAGAAUUUUUGCAAAAGGAUGACACUAUUUGUCCAUAUCAAGCAUCUCUGUUAUCAGAAUAUGUGGAAACAGAAGCUAUCACUUAAAUGGAUUGGCCAACGUACACACUUGGACCCAAAUUAAGCAUGUAUGGGAUGCCAUAGGCCAUUAAAUUGCAGCACUCCAGAUGACUCCAUCGAAUCCACCAGAAUGUGAAAAGUUUCAGAAUAGUGGUAGGUAAUUCCACAAAAUUUCAUAGAGAUUUUAAGUUCUAUGAAAUCAAGAUGAGAGGUUUAUGUACAUGUUGGAGGUGAUUAUACACCAUUUAAAGAAACAUCUGUAAAAUGGGGAAGAUAAUUUUCUGUGCAUUUUUGAAUUCAAUAUUUUGAGAUUAAGCAGUGGUAAAUAUGGUAAUUUAAGUAAUGUUUUUGUACAAAUUGGUGUUUAAUAAUUUUAGUGAAGUUUUACUUUUAUCAUUGCCCUUUAAUUUUGAAGAACAGUGUAAGAACAGAAUCAAAAUUAAAUCCUCAUUAUCAGAUACGUAUGCAUAAGAUUAUUUUUGCUAAAUAUUUUUGAAAUUUUCACUGUCAUUUGUUUUUAUAAAACUAAACUCUUGAUCUUUGAUAAUUUUUAGGCAUCAUCAGAUCAAGGUCCCUUUACCAAAUUUUCAGUUUAAAAUCAUUAAACUACAUUCUUUGCAUAGAAAAAUUUUUGAUUCCAGAAGAACUAUGUUGUCACUAGUGAUCUGGGUCGACGUAACUUAAAUGCAGUUUUUAGACAGUAUCUACAAAACUGAAGUAUGAGAAAGUGCACUUUAGUAAGGAAUAUUAUACAUUGCAAAUUCAGGUCUCAGCAAUUUCCUCUCUUUCUUUUUAAUGAUAAAAACAGGACUCCAUUGAUCUCAAUAACCAUUAUGAUAAUUUAUAAGUUUUAUCCUUAUUCAAAUGCAGCAUUCUGUUAUACAUUUUAUAUCAUUAAAUCCAUAUAGUCAUUUUAUAUUUUUAAAUAUCCUUUUAUCAAUUAUUUUUCCCUCAUUUACAUAUGAAAAUAAACACCGAUGUAAAGAAAUCAUGAACAUUCUUGCAGAUAAUUCAUAAAGAGUUGAAGCUAUACAGAGAACUUGUAUGCCUAAGCUUUCUAGGAAAUCAAAAUUUCUUUAAAUUGCAUUAAGCUGAUAAUAAGAUUUUAAGACUGUAUAAUGAUUUAUUUCAGUGCAAAAUAAGUUAUAUGUAGUUUACUGUUUACUAAAAAUGAUGUACAUCUGUUAUACUUAUCUAUUUAGGUAUCUGAUUUGAGAUUAAGAACAUGCUGAAUUAAACUUUCUUUUUUUGCAUAGUCUUUUUAAUGUUUCUGGACAUAAAUUGAACUUUUCCAGUUUAUCAAAUUCAUAUAAAGCAGUGCCCCACCGCUUAUUUUAAAAUGCUUUAAUAUAUGUGAAGUGUUUUCUGUUACUCAAAUAAAAGUGCCAUAUUAUUACUGAAUGAAAAUCAGUAUUUUUAUCAUUUACAAAAAAUGUUUAAAUGUUAAUGUAUAUUCAACAUAAUUUUCUUCUGAAAGAGCCUGAAUCCAGUAUUCAUGCAUUUUGUAAUGUUAUGUGUUUUUUGUAUAAGGGUUAAAAUGUGUUUUUACUUGCAAUAUUUAUUGAAAAAGUUGUCCAAAAUUCACUGUGAAUUUUUGGAACAUGUGUUAUAUAAUUUGCUCAAAAUCACUAUGUUAUUAAUUUAUAAUAUUCAAGUUUAUGAAAACAAUGUUCCAUUGAACAAAAUAAAUUUUUUUAGAAUAGCU